UGUGAAAAUUGAGAGUUUUGAUUUUUGUUCUUGAAUUCCAUCUCAAGUUCUGAUAGCUUUGAAUAUGUGUGGUUAUAAUGAUCUUUGUUUCAUUUCAUCUGUUUUGGGUGUUUAAUGCUGAAUUGGUUCGAUGCUGUGUGAUAUUUGAAUGUUUUAUUUCGCGUUCCGUCUCAAGUUUUGAUUGUUUUGAAUAUAUGGCUUAUAAUGUUCUUUGUUUCACUUUAUCUGUCUUGGUUAUUGUUGAAUUGGUUCGAUCAAACUGAUCACCCAACUCUAAGUUUCAGAAAUUGUUGGCUAAGCAUCCGUGCUGUGAUGUAAGUAAAUUUGAAAAAUGCCUACGCCUAGUGAAAGAUCCAAACGAAGUUAUUCAAAUGGUCAGACAGAUGAUUAAGUCCAAGACUGCACUAAGUCACAAAUUUUAGAAACUGGAGCAAGCAGUUUCUGCAGAAUUGAUCAGCCAAAACAUGCCCUUGGACUGGUCGGUAACUUUUACAAGAGGGGCUUUGAACCAUCGUAUUAUUCUUAUGAUCGUAUAACAAAAGCAGUUCAUAAAGUUGGGUCAGCUUCAGAGGCAGAACACCCCCUGAUGAAUAAGUCCGUAGUUCCUCUGCCAAGGCCUAUUGAUGAAGCACCCGCUGCAACCUUCUUGCCACUUCGUGGAGUAGAUGGCUUUUCAGUUCAUAUCAUUGGUUUUCCUGAGAGUACUACUUUAGUUUCAGCUUGUGAUAUAUUCGGACAAUUUGGUACUGGAAAAGAAAUUGAACUUCAACUUAGAAUCUACAAGGUUAGGUUCUAAAUAUUAUUUAAUUGAUUGAUGGUUUAACAUAUUUUGCUAUAUUAGUCACUUCAUUUACACUCUUGGGCUCAAUUGGUUGCUGCAACGAAAAUUGCUUUGGUUUGGCUUUGUGAAAUUUGGGGAUGCACCGGCCAUGAAAAAGGCCAUUGAGGCUUCUCCGAUAACUAUUGGUGGGAGCGAAACUAUAGUCGAGAUAAAAAGGUCCAGAAGUUAUUAUGGUAAUUCUCAAACUCCAAGAAAAGACUCUAUGUCUUUCUUUCUUUUAUCAGAUGUCUAUUUGUCUUUGUUUCAUUUCUUCUGUCUUGGUUGCUGUUGAUUUAGAAAUGCACAAGGGGAAAUUCAAGCUUAAAGAUAAGCUUGUUGGCGUUAGACAUGUGAGAUCUACAACUGGGAAUUCGAGAGGUGCAAAAAUUGUUGACUGUGACGAAGCUGAUGAGGCAGAGCCCUCGGGUAAGAUACAUAGAAGAUCACCACGCAGUGCAGAAACAAAUGAAGCUUGGGAAACCCUUAAAAAGAGUUCGAAGGAGCUCCGAGCAUCUGUUAAGGAUCCCCUUCCUGAUGCAAUCCACAACGGUCUGAGGCAGGAUAAGCGUCAAGAAGUGGCUGAAAACAACUCUAUCACCAUCCAUAACGGGUAUUUUGGGUCCUCCAUUACUUGUUCCAGCCCUUUCUUAACACUCAUCUUGCCACGCAGUGCAGAAACAAAUGAAGCUUGGGAAGCCCUUAAAAAGAGUUCGAAGGAGCUCCGAGCAUCUGUUAAGGAUCCCCUUCCUGAUGCAAUCCACAACGGUCUGAGGCAGGAUAAACGUCAAGAUGUGGCUGAAAACAGUAAUGCUGAACCCAGGCGGCAACAAUUUUUGCACCUCUCGAAUUCCCGGUUGUAGAUCUCACACGUCUAAUGCCAACAAGCUUAUUUUUAAGCUUGAAUUUCCCCUUGUGCAUUUAUAAAUCAACAGCAACCAAGACAGAAGAAAUGAAACAAAGACAAAUAGACAUCUGAUAAAAGAAAGAAAGACAGAGUCUUUUCUUGGAGUUUGGGAAUUACCAUAAUAACUUCUGGACCUUUUUAUCUCGACUAUAGUUUCGCACCCACCAAUUGUUAUCGGAGAAGCCUCAAUGGCCUUUUUCAUGGCCGGUGCAUCCCCAAAUUUCACAAAGCUAAACCAAAGCGAUUUUCGCUGCAGCAACCAAUUGAGACCAAGAGUGUAAAUGAAGUGACUAAUAUAGCAAAAUCUGUUAAACCAUCAAUCAAUUAAAUAAUAUUUAGAACCUAACCUUGUAGAUUCUAAGUUGAAGUUCAAUUUCUUUUACAGUACCAAAUUGUCUGAAUAUAUCACAAGCUGAAGCUAAAGUAGUACUCUCAGGAAAACUAAUGAUAUGAACCGAAAGUUCAAUUUCGAAGAAAGUGAGAAACGAA